AUGCUUGGCGCCGACUUCAAGCUCACGGAGGAUUUGAGACCGUGGCUCAUCGAGAUCAACUCCUCCCCUUGCAUGGCGUCCACCACGAGCGUCACCAAGAGGAUGUGCGCGCAGUGUCUCCAGGAUGUUAUUAAAGUCGUGGUGGACUACAAGCACAACAAAACAGCUGACACGGGGCAGUUCGAGCUGGCCUACAGAGACAGCGAACGAUCAGUGCCGAACCCACCUUACCUUGGAGUCAAUCUGCAGGUGGUGGGGCGCCAGAUCAAGAAGGGCCCCGUGAAGAUCGAGAAGCGGAAGCCGAAGAAGGCGCGGCCGGCGGAGCGCCUGGUGAAGCCCCUGCCCCUCAUCACGCUGUCCCUGGAGGAGGGCGCCCACUACGGCCCCCGCGAGCACGCCCUUCCGCACCACCACCCCCACCCGCGGGAGACCCCGGGGGCGUUCGCGCGGCGCUGCUACCUCCUCGACUGCCGCAGGUACGCGGCCGGGGGCGCGGGGGGCUCGGCGACGCCCGGCGGCCCCGGGAGCGCCCCCGUCCUGGCGCCGAUCGGGUCCGAGGAGGAGUCGGGCGAGCGCGGCACGAGCGCCGACAGCUCCGUGUCGGUCAUCGUCAACUGCGAGACGCCGCCGCCCGCGCCCCUGCCGCCGCCGCCGCUGCCCCCCGACGAGGACGGGCGGCGGGCGGCCAGGGAGAAGGGCGAGGACAGCGCCGCCGAGGACGCGUCGGCCGAGGGAUCCAGCUCCUCCUGGAGCUCCAUUUCCAGGUCCGAGAGCGAAGCCACGAGCGCCUCGCGACCCAGCUCCUGCGACUCGUGACCUGCCCCGAGGUAGGGCGGAGGCGGUCGGGAUGCGCCCGAGGUCGUCGGGGGCCGAAGGAGUUCGUCGGGGCCCGUCGUAGGUUGUCGGAAUUCGUCGGGGAUCGUCGGAAGCUGUCGGAAUUCGUUGGAGCUCGUUGGAGACUCGGUGAUCGUCGGAAUUCGUCAUCGGAGAUCACUGAUGAUCGUCGAAAGCCUUUGAAAAGUACUGAAGGUCGUCAAGGGUCAUCUCAUCCCGUCGACUGACUCCCACAGGCCAUCGAAGGUCAAAACAAGAGGUUAUCAUCCUUGGCUGUGACCUCAAGGAAUGACUGAACCGAACGAACUCUCUGAAAAGAGAGAAAGGGGAAAGAGGAGAAGAGGAACUCAAAAAAAAAAAAAAAAAAGAAAAGAAGAAGAGGAAUUACGAAGAGAGAAGAAGGGAACUACGAAUGGAAGACAUAACUGCCAUUUAGUGAUAACUAGUCAAACACAACACGAUAUUAGCUAAUUAGACUUCUUUUUAUCCUUGUAUAAAGACUAAUAGAUGAGUAAGGUCGUUUUGUAUUGUCUAUUCCUGACAUUAAUUUAAGGAAGAUCCUACGUUAUGCGUGAUAAAUGCGGUAUAACCGUUUUUUUCCCUUUUGCUAGAAUGGAUUCUGAAAACUGCAAGUGGGUGAAAGUGUGAUUCGAUAUUUGAAUUUAUCUAUUCCCACUAUAAAAUGAUUAUGGCCAAUCAGAUGAGGUAAUAGAUGUUAUUGGACGCAGUGUUAGUUGAUAUGUUGAUUGCGGUAACAUAUCUGCUCUUAAUGAACGCAGUCUAAUAGCAUAUUUAGAAGUGGGUGAUAAUAAAGGAAGCAUUUUAUUGGAUGGCAACAUGGUCGGCACGAUUGCUUGUUUCUCUAGUUUAAAAGAAUUAAUACGCUGAUAUUGGUUGUCAGAUGGUUGAAACUGCAACGUUGUAGGAGCGGAAUAUCGACCAUGUCUGUAUUUCGCGUUCAUUCAUAACAGAUGGUUAAAAUCUUCAGCGAGAAUUCAGAUGUUCUCAAACGCAUUAUAAAUGUUAUUGUUUCAAUGUGAUGAACAAUGAAGGAAAAAUAUUAUCAUAACUACAACACUGUCGUAAAUUCUGUAAUCAAAUAAGGGUUGUAAUUAUCUGUGGCUGUCAUGUGAGGUGUAUCGUAUCAAAUUUAUUAAAAUUUCAAGGAAUAAAAUCAUUGCUGUACCAUGGAACAGGAGAAUGUUUAUGAUGAAUAUUGUAAACAAAUGCGAUUGCAUAUUACCCACAUUACCAUGGUAACGUGUGGCAGGAUGUUUAGGGAAAAUUUCGAAAUAUAAACGCAAAAACACAUAUGUUCGUAUGUUUGCACUGUGAAUCCAUCUUUCGCAUAUAUUCAGUUGAUGAAUUAUAAAUAGAGAAAAUUUUAAAAGAUGCACAUUUGAUGAAUGCAUUUAUUAGCCUGUUUUUUGAAAUGUAUAAUCGUUCCUAUUUUUUCUGCUUUAUCAGCUGUUCUUUGAAGGGAAAUUAAAAUUACGAAAAUGGAAAAUCGCUUUUUGUGCAUUCAAUUUACUCGCUUUUGGUUGCAGGAAAUGUCUGUGAUGAGAAUGGUCUUGCGUCCAAGGUGUUCUCUGGAGUAACGAAAUUGCAAGAAAAAUUCAAAAGUUCUUUUUUCUUUUUAAUAUGUGGAAGCUUAUUCCAACGGGUGAUUUUCAUUUAACUUUUUCUUUGUUUUUAGCUUAUUCUGAACUGAAGCAUUUUCACUCUGUAAGUAUUCUCUGCUUGAAAGUAUCUUGGAGUAAGAUAUCUUUGUACUGAUUAAAGAAAAAACGAAAUUUUUCCUAGAAUUAUUACUAUACUGUUCAAGAAGAAAGAGUAAUGAGAAAGAAGAGAAGAAGUAAAGAGGGAUGAGAAA